AACGAUGACUCCGAAGGUUCAGCUCCUGUUUGUCUUCUUCUGGUGUGUGCUUUUUCUGCCUGCAGAUGGCUUCCCAGCUGACACCAGUACCGAAUUCCGUUCUGCUUUCUCUGUAGCCAGAACCAGCAGCAUGGAAGGGAGCUCUGAGAUGGUCAUUACAUUUGACAAAGUGUAUGUAAACAUUGGCAAUGACUUUGAUCCGAAGACGGGGUUGUUCCGAUGUCGAAUCCCUGGAGCCUAUUACUUCUCCUUCACUGUUGGGAAGUACCCGAAGAAAAAUUUGUCUGUCAUGCUGAUGAGAAACAAGAAUGAGGUGCAAGUGAUUGUGUACGAUGAACAUCACCGCAAAGAACGGAAGGUCGCCAGCCAGAGCGCCAUGCUGCAGCUUGACUACGGUGACACAGUCUGGCUGCGUUUACAUGGAGAUCCCAAGUAUGCUCUUUACAGCAACGUGGGCCCCUAUACAACUUUCAAUGGCUACCUAAUCUAUCCAGACACUUCUGCCUUCUUCCAGAAUGCUCUGAGCUCUCAGGAGCUAGGGCCACCCCAUCACACCAUUCAGCAACUUCCAGGAGAGCAGAAUGAGGCUUCACAGCGACACAUGUUAUCUGAUCAACCAAACAGGGAGCAAGACCCUCGCUCUGCGUUUUCUGUAGCUCGCUCGCAAAGUCUCCUCGGGACAGAUGACAAGCAAACCCAGCAUGAACCAAUCACAUUUGACACGGAGUUUGUGAAUAUUGGUAAAGAUUUUAACUCUUCUAGUGGCAUCUUCUCAUGUCGUAUACCUGGUGCAUAUUACUUUUCCUUCACCAUUGGCAAAAUGCCCUUUAAGACCAUGUCAGUGAAACUUAUGAAGAACCACAAUGAAGUGCAGGCCAUGAUCUAUGAUGACAACCACUCCAAGAGGCGGGAGAUGCAGAGCCAGAGUAUCAUGCUGCCCCUGCAAUAUGGGGACACUGUCUGGCUCUAUAGCCAUCAGCACGAUGGCUAUGGUGCCUACAGCAACCAUGGCAAGUACAUUACCUUCACGGGCUUCCUCAUCUAUUCAGAUGCUCAGUCAAAGCAGCUUCCGGGUGCCAGCUCACCCCAAGGGUCAGAAAAUUAAAUGUGAUAUAAAAGGAGAUUUAGAGAAGCCAAGGUGCCAUG